GAGAGAGAGAGAGAGAGAGAGAGAGAGAGUAAAUUCUUUGACUUUGUAGGAAAAAGAAAAGCCAAUACUAUAGUCGGUAUUUGAAAGCUCCAACAAAGACACCAUCCUUCCAAAUCAACAGUAUCUACAGUUGACCCUCCUCUCUAUGUUCUAUCAACCAUCAAAAAUCUUAUAAAGAAGCACCUCUUCCAGCUCUGCGGAACUCUUCUCUUCCCUCGUCCCAUCCCCCACAAACAUCAUUCCUUCCCUCUCCAGUGGAGAUCGAUCAUGAAGCCCAUGCUGUUCGAACCUCCUUUCACAAGACAGGAGGAGGGAGGAGCAGUUGAUGAUCACAGUCAAGCCAUGAGAGCAGCCAGUGGCCUCCAAAGCCACUUGGAGCUCAGUCUUGGCAUCUCUUCAGACACCAUCUUCAACGUCGCGACCGGCAGAGUUGGUGAGAAGCGCCACCGCGGUGGUUCCGGUGAGCUACCUGCAGCAUUCCCAGUUCCCAUCGGUGACCUUGCGUUGCACCGAAGUGACGAGGCCAGUCUUGUCGAGGCCAUGAAGCGCUGGUCUGCAGCUGACAUCCACAGUGGAUUCGUUCACCCAUGGAGCCUUGCUGCCCGGCAACAGAAGGCGGUCCUCGAGCAAGCCCACCGUUCUCCUUCUUUGACAAGAGCUGCGCAUCCUGUUGGCUGGCCACCGGUGCGAGCUUCGCGAAAGAACAUAGCGAGUGCGAACUUGGUGAGGGCGGCGGAGAUGGAUGGAGAGAAGGAUGCAAAGAGACCGAAGCUGGGAGAGGGGGAGGCAGCAAAGAGCGAAAUCAGAUCGAGAUCUACGAUGUUCGUGAAGGUGAACAUGGAAGGGUACGUGUUCGGGAGGAAGAUCGACCUCAAAGCCCACGAUGGCUACCAGUCACUCUCGCGUGCCCUCUGCAAACUCUUCCGCAACUUCCUCUCCUCUAAUUGUUUAGGCAAUUCAGAAGAGCAAGAUGAUGAGGCUGUUGAUGAUGGCUUCAUUCUUCUUUAUGAAGAUAAUGAAGGUGAUCAGAUGCUUGCUGGUGACAUCCCCUGGGAGUUGUUCAUUACAUCAGUGAAGAAACUCUACAUUGCUCCCAGUCCAAAAAGGAAUGAUACAGGUGGAGAGCCCAAAAAACCUACCUCAAGCAACAAUUAGACUACUGAAUAGAGGUGGCAGGAGAAAUGAAGCACAUCAUCAACUAACUCUUUUGUUGUGCCUUUGUAUCACCUUUGUGUUUAGUGGUAAUGGUUUAGUGCUUGUUAUUCAUAUCUGUUUCUUGUAUGAUGGGAGACCAUAUAUGUUUUAGGGACUUGAUCAAAUGACAGAGUUAGGUUUUUGAACAUG